AGGUGUUGUGAAGAAAAUCAGCAUCACCCACCAUGUGAAGGAAGGCUCUGAGAAAGCAGAUCCUUCCCAGUUUGAGCUCCUGAAGGUGCUGGGUCAGGGCGCUUUCGGCAAGGUUUUCUUGGUGAGAAAAAUCACGCCACCAGACAGCAAUCACCUCUAUGCCAUGAAAGUGCUCAAGAAGGCAACACUGAGAGUGCGCGAUCGACAUAGGACAAGGACAGAAAGGGACAUCCUGGUUGAUAUAAACCAUCCCUUUGUGGUGAAACUCCACUACGCAUUCCAGACAGAGGGGAAGCUGUACCUCAUCUUGGAUUUCCUCAGAGGAGGUGACCUUUUCACUCUGCUUUCCCAAGAGCUCAUGUUCACCGAGGAGGACAUCAAGUUCUACCUUGCGGAGCUGGUGCUGGGGCUCGACCACUUGCACAGCCUGGGAAUCAUCUACAGGGAUCUCAAACCGGAGAACAUCCUCUUGGAUGAGGAAGGACACAUCAAACUCACAGAUUUUGGCUUGAGUAAGAAGGCUAUAGACCACGGGAAGAAAGCCUUUUCCUUCUGUGGGACAGUGGCAUAUAUGGCACCAGAAGUUUUGACUCGGCAGGGCCACUCGCACAGUGCUGACUGGUGGUCGUAUGGGGUGUUAAUGUUUGAAAUGCUCACGGGCUCAGUGCCCUUCCAGGGGAAGGAUCGCAGGGAGACGAUGAACAGCAUCCUCACAACAAAGCUGGGCAUUCCACAGUUCCUAAGCGCUGAAGCACAGAGCCUCAUGCGAGCCCUGUUGAAGAGGAACCCAGCCCACAGAUUAGGUGCUGGACCAGAUGGAGCAGAAGAGAUCAAGCGCCAUCCUUUCUACUCCAUCAUUGACUGGAAUAAGCUGUACCGCAGGGAAAUCAAGCCCCCCUUCAAGCCUGCAGUGGGGCAGCCAGAUGACACCUUCUAUUUUGACACAGACUUUACAUCACGUACACCAAAAGAUUCCCCAGGCAUCCCCCUGAGUGCAGGAGCCCAUCAGCUCUUCCAAGACUUCAGUUUCGUGGCGACCGGGUUGAUGGAGGAUGUCAAGGUGAAACCAGCCCCGUCACCUCUACAGUCGGUUGUACAGCAACUGCAUGGCAAGAACGUCCAGUUCAGUGAUGGUUACGUGGUGAAGGAAGUGAUCGGCAUCGGCUCCUUCUCAGUGUGUAAACGCUGCAUUCAUAAAGCAACCAACAGGGAAUACGCAGUCAAGGUUAUUGACAGGAGGAGGCGAGACCCUUCUGAGGAAAUAGAAAUCCUCCUGCGAUAUGGGCAGCAUCCAAACAUCAUCACCUUGAAAGAUGUGUAUGACGAUGGGAAGCGUGUGUUCCUGGUGACCGAGCUGAUGAGAGGAGGGGAGCUGCUGGAUAGACUCCUCAGACAGAUGUUCUUCUCCGAGAGAGAAGCCAGCUCCAUCCUGCACACCCUGUGUAAAACAGUGGAGUACCUGCAUUCCCAAGGGGUGGUUCACAGGGACUUGAAACCCAGUAAUAUUCUCUACGUGGAUCAGUCAGGGAACCCUGAAAGCAUCCGCAUUUGUGACUUUGGCUUUGCCAAGCAGCUGAGGGCUGAGAAUGGCCUCCUCAUGACUCCUUGUUACACAGCAAACUUCGUGGCACCAGAGGUACUAAAACGCCAGGGCUACGACAAGAGCUGUGACAUCUGGAGCCUGGGAGUGCUCCUCUAUACUUUGCUCGCAGGCUGCACUCCAUUUGUAAAUGAUCCCAGUGACACUCCAGAAGAGAUCCUGAGCCGGAUAGGCAGCGGGGAGCUCCGCAUCAGCGGAGGCAACUGGGACACUGUUUCUGACAUGGCCAAGGAUCUGGUAUCAAAGAUGCUUCACGUAGAUCCUCACCAGCGUCUAACAGUCGAGCAGGUACUGCAGCACCCGUGGAUAACACAGAAAAACAGCUUGCCCCAGAGCCAUCUGAAUCACCAGGACCUUCAGCUUGUAAAGGGGGCGAUGGCUGCCACAUAUGCUGCACUGAACAACUCCAACCCAACCCCCCAGCUGAAGCCCAUUGAAGUCUCCAUUCUGGCACAGAGGCGGGCAAAGAAACUUCCUUCCACCACACUGUGAGGCUGGGGGGGCUGCAGCCAGGCUGUGCACACUCACCCAGCACUAGGGGCAGGCAGUCGGAUGCUCAAUGCCUAUACUGGAGCUCCCUUGAGGACUUGUUCUCCAAAGGGCAAGUGCCUUCAUGUUUCUGAGGCUGGGGUCCUCCUUGUGUGAACUGAGAAAACUUCUCUGUAAAUCUUUCUGGAAAUGUGUAAAUUGUCAAUUUUUGAAGACAUCCAUCUGUGUAUAUGAGAACUAGAAUGUAUAACUGAUGUCAAGUGGCACUAAAAAGCAGCUCUGAUUCACCCC